UGCACUGGCUUAAUGUUUAGCUCAGGCAAACUAAAGACCAGGGACGAACAGGAAAACAGAAAGCUGUGGCAUGCUGGUGAGCAGUACUGACACAGAGAUGGUAUCCAAAAAUUUGUUUCCAAGGAGGGGGCACUCACAAAAUCCUGGUGUUGAUGCAGGGGCCUCUGGUUAUCUUAAUGACCAUCUCACGUUCUUACCCCUCUCUCCCCUCGUCCGUCUUUAUGUCUAUGCCCUGCAUGGGUGUGUGUGUGAGGUGGCAUUUACUGCUUCCUGGAAUUGGUAUUAUACUCGUGACCUGAGGCUUCCUGGCUACACCAGCUUGUGGUCGCUCCUCAUAUACAGCUCGGCUAUCUUCUUCAUGGAAGGCUUGAGUGCAUCGCUAAAGCAGAGACAUUUCCCCUUACUGCUUCGACUAACCGUUUACACCUUGUUCAUAUAUCUGUGGGAGUUCAGUUGGGGGGUCUUUCUCAGGCUGCUGGAGGCAUGUCCAUGGGACUACUCACAUUUCAAGUAUAAUAUCAUAGGACUCGUGACCUUGGAGUAUGCUGGGCCUUGGGCAAUGGCUGCCCUCCUAGCAGAGAAACAUGUUAUUAGGAACACACUGAAGAUACGAUUGAAUGGCUAAUUAAUGUUAAGAUUAUAAGGCUCAGAGUAGUCUUUUUUUUUUACUGUUAGAAUUACCACUGCAAUGAAAUAAGUUCUGAUUACUAUAGUUAAUAUCUCAGUCACAGAAAAUACAGACAAAAAACACAUUAUGAACAUUAUGAAAUAAACAUGUCUAUCAUAGCAUAUGCUA